AUGAGGCAGCCGCGAGCAGCGCUGCCAGCAAGCCAGCUGUCGCACCCACCACAAUCCACCAGCCCAUCAGCCGCAGACAAGACCGUUUCCGAUGCGUUGCCUGCGGCCAGCGCAACUGCGCCACCAGUGACUGCCCGCGCGCGUACCCCAGAAAAGGAGGCUGCACCGCCUGUCCCGGCGCUUCAGCGGCCGACGGCCGCGCCGGAGGCGGCUGAGGCGUCGAUCCCCGCAGCGGCAAGCGUCACAAAUCCGGCGCCGGCCGACUCCGGCUUGAUAGGGAACGCCCUGGAGUCGCUGCAGCAGGCAGGCCCGGAGAAGCCGGAGGCCGAUGUUCCGAGGCCUGCGCCGGCAGCUGCGGCCGCCGCGUCCAUAGAGAGCGCUGACGCGAGCAGCUCCUUGAAGGCUGCAGGAGCGCCGGAAAUUGCGCCAAUGGCGGCGGCCCCGGCUCGGGAGGACAGCGCAGAGAAGCGCGCCGAGCCAGCGCUUGCUCCUCCCCUGCAGCGGCCCGCCGGAAAGCCGGUGCGACGUCGGCCGCCGCCGCGUGAGGCCGGCAGCAAAAACGGCGCGCCAGCCACCCCGGGCGCGUAUGACCUAGCGGUUGCCGCGCUUGCAACGGAGCGACCGCUGCCGGGAAAGGUCGUGAAGACAUCUGCCGGCGGCGUCGUUGUUCGCGUGCAGGCCGGCUUCCAAGGCUUCCUUCCGUGGAGCAAGAUGCUGCCGCACAGAAACCUGGUGGUACUGGAGAGGGAACGCGCAGCGCAGGCUGCCCUGGACCCCCCGGAGGACCCCUCCGCCCAGCAGGAAGCCCGCCUGCAGCUGCGGCGGGACGCCAUGGCCGGCCUACAGGACAAUCGUGUCAUGGUCUAUGUUCAUGAAGUCAAGAGACAAGAGGAGGAGGUCUACUUCAAAACGAUGCUAAGCGAGAAGGGUCCGCAGUCGAAGCCCCUCCUAGAUUAUCCGCCCUACCAGACAGAGGUCCUCCAAGAGAUGCUGGGGGAGCGGGUGGAUGCGCGCGUCAGGAAGGUGACGGAGUACGGGGCGUUCCUGACCUUCCCAGUGGAGGUCUACGCUGGGUACUCGCUUGAGAUGUUCGGCCUGCUGCACCGGAGCAAGAUGGGCGACUUGUCCCUCGAGAGCCUGCAGGAGGGGCAGCAAGUCACGGCGUACCUGCUGACUUUGGAUGUGGUCAAAGGCCAUGUGGAGAUGUCGGCAGAGCCGCCAACCUUGCCAAUGCCAAUCAAUCAGACGCUGGAGGAUCUCAUUCUGAGCUCUGGCGCUGCCAAACAGGGCAAAGAGGGAUCACCAGACGAGGAGGUUGAGAGCAUGCCAGAGGCAAUGGAUGUCUGCAGAGAGCUGCUCCUAAGCGGCGCCAUCACUGAAGCCACGCCAGGGAGGAGGCUGCAGGGGCGAGCCUUCUCGCCAGAAGUCCAGGUGUUCAUGGCCAGGAAUGAGGGCGAGGCGGUUGCAACUGGUGAGAGCGGGCCAAAGAGGUACACUCUUCUUGCGCGGGCCAGGAAUGAGGUUCAGGAGAUUGAGGUGGAGAGUGGUCUAGAGAGGGAUGAGAUGAAGACAGCACUCGGGCUGGCACUCAGCACAGUUCUGGCAGUGAUGUGA